AUGGAGCGCCUCCGCGAGAAGCCGUGGGAUCUGCCUGAAGUCUUCUACAGAGUGCAAUACCCCGGCUGCGGCACCAUCCUGAACGACGGCGGCUCGCUUCAAGCCUCCGAUACCACGACUACCUAUGGCGAGAACGACUUGGUCUCUUUCGGCCAAUCGCUGAUCAACCAGUUCAUUUGGGGCCACCGCGGGUCACCCUACAUCUCCGUCUUCUCCGACAUCGAGCACGCGGCGAAAUGGGCAGUCAAGUACUCUCGCGACCACAAUGUCAAGACUGUCGUGUACAAGAUCUACAGGCACGCGUUGCAAGACACUCUUGUGUUCUCAGUCCGCAACCUGGAGUUGCGGCGGGGUGUCCGGAUCCCUGAGGUUUCCAGUCAGCACCGGCAGAACGGCUACCUCUGCUUGCAUCGCAUCCCUGCCGGUGCUGUCAAGCGGUGUCUCGACAACAACGAGGUCGAAGAAAGCAAGCAGGACAUGCGUGAAGCCGACAGAUGGGAGCGAUACCAGAGGAUGUAUGGGCCGUACACCUUCGGUGACAAGGAGUAG